GCAGUUUGAGUCAUUAAGGUACUUGCUAGCGUUUGUUCGUUUGUGUUUUGGUUUUGUGGCAUUGUGUCACGCUCUCUGUUGUUUAUCACGAGGUCAGGAGAGGACACCGAGGGCAAUCUUUUCGCGUAAGGACGCCAAAGGAAUAAGAGAAUGCCAAUUCCUAAACUCCCGUGAGUUGUAGAGGGAGCAAGCUUUGGUUAUGUCUUCAAGUUGGGAUUUACCUGUAUAGUGGAAUUAUCUGUGUGGUUUGUUAGUAAACGUACAGUCUGUGUAUAUUACAAAUUUGUGUGUUUCAAGAGAUAAUACGUGAAAAUGGCCAGCGCGGACGGGUCGUGGAAUCUGACCAUCACGGUUACGGAUUUACAGUUGGAACGGACCCUUCGUGUGACAGGGGAUCUACAUGUGGGUGGGGUCAUGGUCCAGCUCGUGGACGCUCUGGAUAUUGCUAUGGAUUGGUCAGAUCAUUCUCUGUGGUGGCCAGAGAGAAAAUUAUGGUUGACAAGGUCAAGGUCAACAUUAAACCAGUAUGGUGUACAGGCUGAUGACAGACUCAAUUUUACACCAAUGCACAAAAACGUACGAGUGCAGCUUCCUGACCUGCAGAUCAUUGACAUGAGGAUGGACUUCUCAAAAAAUGUCUUCUCAGCAGUCAUACUACUUUGUAAAGAAUUAGGUAUACGGCAUCCUGAAGAAUUGUCAAUUAUGAGAUAUUUGGACAAGGAUGACCUCAAGAAAAGUAUAAAAGAAAAUUUAAACCAAAAGAAAAAGAAAGACUCAAAGGAUGAAACAGUGAUGGGUGUUAAUGGAAAUGGUACUGUUCAUCACUCAUCAUCAGGUAGUCUGGAUAGACUGAGCCCUUUCAGCAGAAGCCCAGCAGGACCUUCACCUAAUAAUACACUAAGUAGGACCCCAGGCUUGACUCUAGGACCUACAAUGACCCCAGGAGUCAGCUCCUACAGUGCUAAUUCUGUGUCACCCUAUAAUACGUUCAACAGCACCUUCAAUGCCAAUGGGACACUGUCACCAGGCUCCAUGUACAGUCUGUCAUUUGAAACCUGUAUGGAAAAUGCCCUUGCCAACAGUCCGACUGUGACGAUCAGAGAUGCUCAACCUAUCCUCUACAAGCCAAAAAAUUAUGUAGAAAAAGCUAGAAUUAAUUACUUAUGGCUGGAUUCCUCUAAAUCUCUGAUGGAGCAAGGCAUUCGGGACAAUGAUUUCAUCCUCCUAAAAUACAAGUUCUUCUCAUUUUAUGACUUAAACCAAAAAUAUGAUGCUGUCAGGAUAAACCAGAUAUAUGAACAGGCCAAGUGGAAUAUCUUGUCAGAGGAGGUUGACUGUACAGAGGAGGAAAUGAUGAUGUUUGCAGCACUACAGCUGCAGAUCCAGUUGCAAGCAAGUCAACCACAGACCAAUGACUCCAUGAUGGACAAUGGUGGACACUCCCUGGACACAGAUGAUAUAGAUGCUGAUCUGACAAACCUGGAGGAGUCUUUAGAAGGAUCCAUGUUGUCCUCGCCUGGAGAUAUCACUGCAAUUCCUGAACUCAGUGACGAAAUCAAGUUCCUUAAGCCAAAGAAAUUAUCACUUCGGAAGAGUUACAGCAGGGCAUGGUGCACAUUCAAGGACACACACAUAGCAUUUUACAAGAGCAAAGAGGAGUCCCAAGGCACACCGUUCUGGAGGAUCAACACAAAAGGAUGUGAAAGUCAUCCCGAUUUGAAUAUAUCUUCAAAAAAAUAUGGCAUGAAGUUGUUUGUACCAGAAUCUGAUGGGAUGUCUGAAGUCUGGCUCAGGUUUGAUAUGGAGGAGCAAUACUGUAAAUGGAUGGCAGCUUGUAAACUGGCUUCCCAAGGGAAGACCAUGGCUGACAGUUCCUAUGAGACAGAAGUCCAGAAUCUUAAGACAAUGCUGAGUCGUCAGCAUCUGUCAACACAGACCGGAUCACCCCCUACAAUAGAGAAGGAGAUUAACUCUGAGGACUUUGUGGCUCCACGCUUCUAUAGGAAAAUAAAGUCUAAACAGCUACAGCAGAGAAUUUUGGAUGUCCAUGCUAAUGUACAGAACCUGAACCUGAUUGAUGCUAAGAUGAACUUCAUCAAGACAUGGCAGGCCCUCCCGGACUUUGGUAUCACUUACUUCAUCAUCAAACAGAAAGGUGCCAAGAAAGAGGAGCUACUUGGAGUGGCCUACAACAGGAUCAUACGGAUGGAUAUUUCAACAGGAGAUUCACUGAAGACCUGGCGAUACAAUACACUGAAGAACUGGCACGUCAACUGGGAAGUAAAACAGGUGUUUCUGGACUUUGAGGGGGAGAGGCUAACUUUUGCAUGUUUAAAUGCUGACUGUAAAGUGGUUCAUGAAUACAUAGGAGGAUAUAUAUUCUUAUCAAUGAGAUCACAGGACAAAAACCAAACCUUAAACGAAGAAUUAUUCCACAAACUUACAGGUGGAUGGAAUAAAAGCAUUGUUUUGUGAUCAGAGCAGUAGUGCCUAUCAUUACACAUGGUAUCUCAAAAAAAAAAAGUGACAGAAAUGCCUUACUCAGCUGGUCACUGAAAGGUCAGUACAAUUUGGGCAAUAAUCAAGAGCUAUCCCAGGAUGUAACACAAGGACUCCCUAGGUGGCGCUGUUUGUGCUUACAUUCUGUGUAAACGAAAAAAUAGACUCUUCAAAAAUCUUUGUUUAUGUGGAUGCUGGAUGUCAAAGUGGGAAGUGACGAGAAGAAAUUUGUGACAUUAUCCCAAAGUGUUCUAUGUAACCAGUUCAUGGGAGAUUUGAUUGUGUUGUUUAAUACCAGUUACUUAGUCACCUGAUGUGAAUCAGACAGUGUGUGAGAAAUGUCACACUGCUAUCAGUCAAAAGCAACCUUCAUUCAUUAGUGCUGAAAUGCUCUGUAUUAUAUCAUUGUUGUAUAGAUGGGUUUGCAUGAUCUCCAUGUUAUCCUGAUACAUGCUACUCAAUUCUGCACAGAACUUUCCUAAAUGCUUGGGUUAUAUGGUGACUAGGUCCUAACCCACUAACACACAGGGCAUAUCAGUGGAGUAGAACAUUCUGUGUCCUUCUCAACGCUCCUGUAAAUUCUUGUAAUGAGUUGGGCUCCCCUGAAGUCCUAAAUUACAUACCCGGUGUGUGACAAAUGUAUAUUGUCUGGAGGCACAGCUUUGUAGUCAUUUAAAAAUAGCAAAUACUGCUGAUAUAUUAUUCAAGAAGGUAUACUUUCAUAUGAUGCAGUAUCAUAUCUUUCUCUUUGAUGUUAAGAUUUAUCCAGAUAGAUCACAGCCAUUUUAUACAUUAAACUGUUUGAUGAACAAACAAAAUUUACUUUAAAAGGAGCUGAUCUGACUUCCUGUUGCAUGUCUAUUUGAAAAACUGAAAUAAUUGACAGAUUUAUACAAAAUAGGACUUUGUAAGGGGAAAAAAAAAUUGCUGUUAACUUCAGACUCAUGGUUUCAUCACUGCCAUUUGGCACCACUUAAUUCUACCUAUGAUAGGCAGGUUGAAUUUUGUACUCAGGUGUAAAGGACUAAGGAUGUGCAUACCUGGUUGAGAAUAACUUGUUAAUAGUUUCCAUCACAAAUAGAUAGGAAGUUAAUUAUGUAUGAGAAGCUAGGGGUUUACCUUGUGAAACUGUUAAAUAAGUAUUACACGUGUGAUUCAAAGGAUAUAAUCAAGCUGUAUUAUUUAUGAUGUAAGUAAUACGCUAUUUUCUAUUUAAGACACUUGUAUGUAUAAACUUACUUAAAUUACACAAGAAUGGGUUAAAUGAUUUUAUUUUUUCUUUUCAAGACAUUUUUAUUGUCAGGUGUGAUUUACAUUAUUUUAGUGGAGAUGAAAAUCUCUGUUAAUUUUUAUCCCUCUUUUGUGAUGCUCAUAUAAUGACGCUAUUUUGUUAAAAUGCUGGUGACAAUUUCGUGGUGCAUUUUGAUGUGUACAUGUAUCAGUCUGUGUCAUUCUUGUCAACAUGUCUAUGUUGUAUUGUUUUUAUAUGUGUGUUUGUAAUAAACAAAUUUUCAGAGUUCUAUAAAAGCUGUAUACAUUGUAUAGAUAUAUUUAUGUCAUUUUAUAAUAUAUUACCAGUAUGAAUUCAAAUAAACCCAACCAAUUUAUUUCUGGUGCUAUGCCUUUUAAUUUCUGUAGUACUAGUGAUCAUGUUUAACCAUCCUUUAGUUGUGUCCUAAUUCUUCGAAUGUUGACUGGUGAAAAAUUAUUUUGAAAUGAUGGAAGGCCCGGAAAAGGAAAAUAUUGCAGUGGCAGUGAUUUCAAUUGAGAAAGAAAUUCACUGAUAUGAUGUGUUAGAUCUGAGUUAAUAUCAAUACUUGAAGGCACCGGUAGCUUACUGUUUGGCCUAGAUAGUUGGACUUGACAUGAUUGUAACUGAUCAUAAGCCAGAAUAAUUCUUCUGUAGAUAUUGAAGCACAUAAUUGAUACAGAAAAUAUCAAGAUCGAUGAGAAUAAUAAAAAUUGCCAACUCUCUAUAUUAAGCUGUACUCGCAUGUUCAAGAAUAGAACAUCUUUUUCCUGCUUUAUAGUGGAAUUUCUCGUCAACACAUUUAUCAGUGUCAAGACAUGCAGUGAAUGUUAUGUAAUUUUAUUUGAUAUAUUCAUUUCCGUACAAUUGAUAAAGAUUACAUUACAAUGUUUUUCAUAUAUUUUUUUUUUAAUUUUGAUUUUUAAAAAUAUUUUGCAUAUAAAGGCUGCUUUUCAUCAUCAAUCAUUGAUUUAUACAUGUUAAUGACUCAUUUGUUACAACUUCCUUCAUUUAUUUGUAGACUGCCCAGAUGUGGUCUUGAACCAUCUGGUCAAGGACACAUAAAAGGUCAGACUGCCUGGACAAGGUUAUACUGACUUGCUCUGGUCACUUGUGUAUAGAUAGACGGAGCAUCCUUCUUGGGCUGACCAAUACAAGUCGUCAUAAACGUAUAUGACAAAUCAUGAUUUAAAGAAAAUUACAUAACCAGCCACUGAAAUACAGGCUAAAAAGUCUUCCAAGUGUUAUACGUGAAAAUGAAUUUGCUGAUACAAUUACUAACAUUUUGUUUCAGUAUCGCCAGACAAGAUCUUUUUAAAGAAAUGGUUGAAAGAUAUGUAAAAAGUCCAUAAAUGGCAAAUCUUAGAGAUAGAUUUAAACAUACUCCAUCAAAGUUCGCUGUGAUUUCAAUAUUGCUCAAUAACCUGUGUUGAAUCACAAAUGUACUUUUUGCAUGUAUAGGUAUAGGCCUUUUAAAAUGUUGAAAUCUCAGGGUUACACAAGUGUUUUUUGAUGGAAUUGGGAACAUUCAAACAUUUAUGGACAGAAAAAACCUAUUUGGUCAUUGGUCAGCUCUGUGAAGAUGUCCUGGAAUAUUGUUGUUUGCUAUGGAUGUAAUAUUGAGUUAACAUGUUUUACACGUUCAUACUGUGUCUUAUACCGCCAUGUUUAUAGCCCAAUCUAUAUGACCUUGACCUUGUCCUUCAGUCGCUGUGCGGCAGGACGAUAAGACCAGGGAUAUAUAGAUGUAUGCUGGACAGCUGUGGUUUGUUGAUAGAGAAAUAUGUGCCUCUCUGAUAUUACCAAUAGCUAAUAUGAAAUAAACAAUUUUAAACUGUU